UUAAAGAGAAAGCUACAGGACACACGUUUGACAAUACUUGACUUGGAUGCUGGAUUUCAUGUGAAUCCUGAUUCUAUUGAGAUAAACGCACACGCCUAGAUGCUAGCAUUUUUGUUUAACAAAUGACCAAUCACAUACGUAUAACUUGCGAUCUUUUGCCACUUAAAUCAGUCAUGACUGGGAGCUCCGCGACACACAUUCCAUCAGAAAAUCAGAUUGUUGUGACUAUGUUAUCAAUUUUCUCUGUCAUCGGGGGCAUUGGUAACGGUGUGGUACUCUGUGGAAUUGCGAAAAUACAUAGAGAUAAACACCACAUAUUCUUGAUUCAAAAUCUUGCUUGCAUUGACCUUUUGACUUGCAUUAUAACAAUACCUGCAACUGUUGCUAUGGAAUUAGUAAACUUUCAUGUACCUUUUACCUCACUGUGCAGGAUAUAUCACUUCUUAACGAACUCCACCAUUCCUCUCUCGGUAUUUUUGAUGACGACCAUUGCAAUCGAGAGGUACUUUUGCAUUUGUAAAAACGUCAACCAAGUAAUUAUCAAAUCCACAUUAAAGAAAGUGCUUAUUUGCAUACUUUUCGUGUCUUUAUCAACUGGGAUACUGUGUUCUCUGAACUAUGGAACUUUUCUUAUUCCUACUGGUGAAGAAAAUACGUUGUCAUUGAUGGGAAAUUCAAGAAAUGUUAAUGUGAUGUGUUUGCCGAAUUCAACAUCACUUGCUGAGGAAUUCGCCAAUGCUACAAAUAAUAAAGACAGUAUUGUUUGUGGCCUUACUCAGGAAUUUGGAUUAUCUUAUCAUCAUAUCACAGAGAAGAUAUAUUCAUCAAUGUUUGCCAUUUGUGGUAUAACUAUAGUCUGUGUUUACAUACGGAUAUAUUGUUUUUUGCUAGGCCAUCGCACGCGCAUUAGAAAAAACACUGAAAGGACAGAGGGAAGCAAUUGUUGCUCCGACAAAGUGAGUCGAACGAACGGGAAAACUUCAAAACGUUUAACAAGAUGUCAGUUGCUAGAAAUGUCAUCGUUAUAUAGGUCGUCAUAUAGGUCGAAGCAAAAGCACCGACAUACAAGGUACUUCAAAUCAGCAGUAGUCUUCUCUGGUGUUGCUUUUGUUUUCAUUUGUGCGUUUUUACCAGCGUGGAUGAUGAAACUGAAAGUCAUUGAGUUCAAUGUUUAUGUGUUCUACCUUUACUUUGUAUACACUGUGUGUAAUCCUUUCAUAUAUGGUUUCAUAAAUCCAACAUUCAUGACAGCAAUACGGAAAACAGCUGGUCUUGUCUCCAAUACUUGAUGUUAGCAAGUACAUGUACGUUGUAUAACUAAGCAUUCCACUUUUUUCGGGGGGGGGGGGGUUGUGGUAGAAAGUUGUAUCAACUUGUGGUGUACUGUUGCAAAUAAAAUUUUAAAAAAUGAAAGUUGGAUGAAAAAUUCAGAAGAUUAGAAGUAAUUUAUGUUGUACAAAUUUCGAGAUGGUAUCAAUUACUUAAUAUUUGCUAAUAAAAUGUGAAUUGAGUUGU